AUGUAUUGUCAACAGCAUCUUAUCGCUCUCCUUUAUGCUUUCCUUGGGCCUUUUGUCAACGACACAGAAAGUCUGGGACUGGCGCCUGGCAAGUCCCUUGGCAACCAGACCUACGAGCUCGAAUAUUGCGAGCAAGCACUGGUCACCUUCAGUACGCUCAACUUCUCGGAUGCUGAAGUGGAUGAGCCAGCAUAUGCGGUUUCUCUGGGUCGGCGACUGUAUUGGACUGACGCAGGAGCAAUACCUGGCCGAAAUACCUCAUUACACUCGAGAAGCUCGGAAGACUAUGUUCAAUCAGUCCUGAAUCUGACGGUAACCCUGACGAUUCCUGGAGGACAAGAAGCGAGCAUGCGACUGUGGAAGCGGUUAUUGACGCGACCUCAUGACACCCCGGAAGCUUCCAUAACGCUCGGGGAAAUAAUAGUACUCGAUUCUCGCCUGGAGCACAGCGAUCCGCAGUGGGAACGUCGCGGCAAGAUCUGGGACGGUCAACCAGAGGCAGCUUCGGGAUCGGACUUGGAGUCAGCAUCUCAACGUGGAAAGGUACGAACUGAGAGACGGAAAUCGGAAAAUACCCUUGGCUUCCAGAGUGGCUCAGAGGGCCAUGUCCACCCUCAUGAUAGCAAUGACCCCGUCCGGAAAAAUUCCUACAGUCGUCGCAGUAGAUGUGUGGACACUUUUUGCGAAGGGUUCGAUUUGAAGAAGACGUGUGUACCAGAGGGUAAAACUCCGACUAAAGAGGAGAUCUGCGCACUAUGUUAUCCACAGCCAUUGAGAAACACUGCUCGAAGCAGGAGGUUAGUGGACGCCAAGCCUUCUAUAGUGUUUGCGCGUUGCUCGGCUGCUCUAUUGUGGUAG